CUGUAUCGCACCUUCAUCUUGUGUUUCUACUCAACGACGCUUUACCUUUCUAACCAUAACCCCUUCCAUUUACUCCUCCUUUCGUGUUGACUAUGGCCGAUAAAGUCGCCAAAUGGUCGUCUGGUGCAUCCUAUGGACCCGUGCUGUCCCAAACUGACCUCUACCUGCUCAACCCCACUCUUGAGGUACACCCCAUCUUAUGCGGGAAGAGCUCCAAGUUCCAACUUGUGUUCAAUCUUAGUAACGGACAUGCGGGAGGGUUCAACCCUGAUCAGAGAGACGCCGAUCUCCCUUUUAACGCCAAAGACGAGCCUGCGACACUCCCCCGUGUCCAGCAACUGUAUAUCAUUACGGACAUCACGCCUUGGUGCACUACUGUUAAGAACGACCGGGGGGUUACAAUGAAUGACAUUUGCCAAGCAAUGUGGAGAGAUUAUUCUGAGCACUACGUAACGGAUACGGAGUUUGGGACGCUCCCACCAAGGCUGCAGGAACAAGUCAAGCGGGCGAGUAGCUCCCGAGGUGCUAACGCUCAUUGGAACAUGUAUUAUUCCCCCGGGCAGGCGGCGACUCGAUUCAGGAGAUUUGACUGGCUCCGGGAUCGGUACUUUUUCGAGAACUUGCGUCGAGAUGAUGCCUAUGCAGAGUCUCGUCUCGGCUUCAAGGCUCCAAACAUUUUCAUCAUGUCCUUGACAGCUUAAUCAUUGACAUAUGUUUCAACACCCUUCUGGCUACUUACCGGGUGUAUAACAUUUUUUUUUUCCUUUUGUAAUCCAUAACCGUGUAGCUCAAAAUAUUCAGCCAUCAAGUCAGGACAGGCUGUUACAGGCCUUGUAGAACGAGAUGCGUUUAAUUGUACAGCUAAAGCCUCCAAAUGGGAUACUACAUCAGGAAGAAUCAAGUGGCUGUACUCACGUG